AAUCAAAUCCAAAUGCUCUCCCAAUACUCACACAUGUAGUGUUUUCUAGUGUUAUCCAAAUCCAGAAGACAUAAUUGUAAUCUAACUUUACAAGAAGCUAGAGAAAUACUACCCGCCUUUCCCAAUCCCAGGCCUCCCCCCGAAAACCGCCCCCGGUUUCUCCUCCCUCCCUCCUCGCUAUAAAUCCCACCCCUCUCUCUCUCUCUCCUCAUUUCUCACUCUAAAACCCACUCUCCCUUUCUCUUCUCUCUCUCUCUCUCUCUCUCUCCAACUCCUGAAUUAUACAUCUUUUCAGUGAAGAAAUGGACACUAAGAUCGGACAACUAGACGUUUCCAAGCCCCCCUGCAACGACGUCGGAAGCCUCCCCCACAACGGCACCGUCUCAACCCCACUACUCUCAUCCGAGUGGACCCUGGGACGCCACCUGGCGCGCCGGCUCGUACAGAUCGGUGCCACCGACGUCUUCUCCGUCCCGGGCGACUUCAACCUCACCCUCCUCGACCACCUCAUCGCCGAGCCGGGCCUCACCCUCGUCGGCUGCUGCAACGAGCUCAACGCCGGCUACGCAGCCGAUGGCUACGCCCGGUCGCGCGGCGUCGGCGCGUGCGUCGUCACGUUUACUGUUGGCGGGUUAAGUGUCAUCAACGCCGUUGCUGGCGCGUACAGUGAGAAUUUGCCGGUGAUUUGUAUCGUCGGCGGGCCGAACUCGAACGAUUAUGGGACGAAUAGGAUUCUUCAUCAUACGAUUGGGUUGCCUGAUUUUACGCAGGAGAUGAGGUGCUUUCAGACGGUUACUUGCUACCAGGCUGUGGUGAAUGAUUUGGACCAUGCGCACGAGCAGAUCGAUACUGCGAUCUCAACUGCAUUGAAAGAAAGCAAGCCUGUUUAUAUUAGCAUCAGCUGUAAUUUGCCUGCCAUACCACAUCCCACUUUUUGCCGUGAACCAGUUCCAUUUUCUAUAUCUCCCAGGCUGAGUAAUCAUAUGGGUUUGGAAGCUGCAGUGGAGGUAGCAGCAGAGUUCCUAAACAAGGCAGUGAAGCCAGUACUGGUAGGUGGGCCAAAACUGCGAGUGGCCAAAGCCUGUGAUGCAUUCAUAGAAUUGGCCGAUGCCUGUGGUUACGCGCUAGCAACGAUGCCAUCUGCAAAAGGGCUCGUGCCUGAGCACCACCCCCACUUCAUUGGGACUUACUGGGGUGCAGUCAGCACCGCCUUUUGUGCAGAAAUUGUUGAAUCUGCAGAUGCCUACUUGUUUGCGGGACCCAUUUUCAAUGACUACAGCUCUGUUGGGUACUCUCUCCUUCUGAAAAAGGAGAAGGCGAUCAUUGUGCAGCCUGAUCGUGUGGUGAUUGCGAAUGGUCCUGCAUUUGGAUGUGUUCUAAUGAAGGAUUUCUUGAGUGCUUUGGCUAAGAGGCUUAAGCACAACAAGACUGCAUAUGAGAACUACCAUAGGAUUUUUGUACCUGAGGGGCAUCCUCUCAAGUGUGAGCCAAAUGAGGCCUUGAGGGUCAAUGUUCUUUUCCAGCAUAUUCAGAAGAUGCUGUCGGGUGAUACAGCUGUGAUUGCUGAGACGGGGGACUCUUGGUUCAAUUGCCAGAAGUUGAAAUUGCCCGAGGGAUGUGGGUAUGAGUUCCAGAUGCAGUAUGGAUCAAUUGGCUGGUCAGUCGGUGCAACUCUUGGAUAUGCACAGGCUGCGAAGGAUAAGCGAGUGAUUGCUUGCAUCGGCGAUGGUAGCUUUCAGGUGACCGCACAAGAUGUGUCAACAAUGCUGCGAUGCGGACAGAGGACCAUCAUCUUCCUGAUUAACAAUGGUGGAUAUACCAUAGAGGUUGAGAUUCACGACGGGCCUUACAAUGUGAUCAAGAACUGGAACUACACCGGGUUGGUUGACGCAAUCCACAAUGGUGAAGGCAAGUGCUGGACGACUAAGGUACGGUUUGAGGAAGAGCUGAUUGAAGCAAUUGCUAAGGCAACUGGUGAAAAGAAAGAUUGCUUGUGCUUCAUAGAAGUGAUAGUUCACAAGGAUGAUACGAGCAAAGAACUGCUUGAAUGGGGAUCCAGGGUCUCCAACGCUAAUAGCCGCCCGCCGAACCCUCAGUAAACUUAAUCUGAAGGGGACUGAAUCCGGUUACUGUCAAGAUUCACUAGCAUAUUCAUGCUUUUUUCUCCAUGGUUAUUAGGUUGUAUUUUGAGUCAAUGGUUGUAAUGCUUUGUAGUGCUGAUUCUAUGUGUAUAUCAUUCCGUUGGGUUUUCAAUAUCUACCAAUCUUUUUGCCU